UCCAGAGACCAGAGUCCAGAGACCAGAGACCAGAGACCAGAGUCCAGAGACCAGAGACCAGAGACCAGAGUCCACAAACCAGAAACCAGAGACCAGAGACAGUCCCCGGACAGAGAGCGCAGACCAGCCGCCAACAUGCCUGCAGACGUGUCGGUGUCUCUGUCGGUGCUCGCGGGGAUCGUCUUGCUGAGCCACGCGACCCGCAGGGUGAUGAGCAGGGCCCUCGCGGACACCGGGCUCUCUGUAUAUGCGGUGGAGCUCGUGUCUACCUUCCAGCUGUGCUGCUGCACGCACGAGCUCAAGCUGCUGUCUGAGGUGGGCGGGAUCGAGCCUCGCCUCGCGCUCACCUUGACAUACCUGGCGUCCGUGGUGCACGCGCUCACCUUCAGCGGGGCCACCGGAAACCCCUCUUUUGCGCUCGAGCACGCGUACCACGCGAGGUUCACCUGCAGAUGCGCCCUGCGGAGGAUCGCGUGCCAGUUUGCUGCGGCCGCCGCUGCGCGAGCCGCGGUACAGGUAAUCUGGGGUGUCGGGUUGUCGGGACUGCACGUGCGGCACAAGCUGCUCGGUUACCGGUGCAUCAGCUCCAUUCACGCUCCACUGCACGAGGCCGCUGCUGUGGAGCUCGCGUGCGCUUUUGCGGUUCAGACAGCUAUAAUGCACACGCGCUCGGUGGAGGAGAAAUACCGCGUGCACCUGGUAGCUGCGGUCAUCGCAACAGCUGUUUACUCAGGUGGCAGGGUGACUGGAGCAGUGUUUAACCCAGCGUUGGCCUUCUCCACACAGUUCCCCUGCAGUGGAAACUCCUUCCUGGAGUACUGCCUGGUCUACUGGCUGAGCCCGCUGCUGGGUAUGAUGAGCUCAGUGCUGCUGUUUGAUAAACUCGUCCCUCUGCUGUUGAGGAAAUCACCGUCCCUUGAUCUCCCCCUGGAGACCAAAAAGAGGACAUGAGCAUCGCCAGGCGGGCAGCGUUUCAGACCCAGAGCACAUGUGGGGAUGUUGUCACUGACAGACUGUUAACUGCUGAUUUCAGUCACCACAAGUUAGAAAAAAGAAGAACAGCACUGAUAUGCACUUUUUUUUUUUUUUUUUAAAUACUUCAAGACCUCAAGAGCACAUCUUAGAACAGGAAACUAAUUUUAGUGUUUUUUUCUAAGAUAGAUCUCAUAAACAAGACAAUGUGGGACCAAGUUUUUACUUUACGAGGUGGAUGGUCAAGAAUCAUUGCUAUGCUUUAGUUCCUUUCAGUUUACACUCAUCUGAUUUAAAACCUUUCAACACUUUAGUUGUUUUUAGAGCGAAUAUCACCUCUACAAACGAUACAUUGGAAACGUCAAAUAUCUGUCGCCAAUGAUUAUAACUAACAAAAGAAGGUUUGCCUUGUAGUACUUGCAUGACUUUUAGAGCAGAUGACAGCAUGUCAAUGUCAAGUCAAAACAAAUAUUGUAGUUGCAAUAAGUUGCCAUGUUUUUUUUCUGUAAUUGAACAAUCUACUUAAGCUAAUUCACUAAUCAACUGAAACAUUUAUAAUGAUGAUGAUAAUAAUAUGCUAAUGACAAUAAACUUUAUUUGUACAACACUUUUCUUAACAGAGAAAUUAUGUCCGUAUAAUUCAUGUUUCUACUUAAUGUGAGAUUCCAGAGCCAAGCAGUGUAGGAUUGUACUAUGCACAGGUCUGUUAGUCUCUGCACAGAUAUAAUUGGUGCCUUUGAAUUCUCUGUAAAAAAAAAAACGGCAGAUUAAACUGUGAAAUUAC